AUGAAAGGUUCUAGCAGCCCUCCUCCUCCUCCACCUCUUUCUGCUCUUUCCCCCACCCAAUCUACUCAAUCAUCCCCCCCACCACAGCAACCACGGCAACCACAGCAACCACAGCAACAACCUCCCACAAACCUCAUCCUCCCACCUCUGAGCUCAGCGCUCGCAGGAGCAGCGGGGGAAGCAACCCCGGACAUGGUCCGAGUAUAUGCGCGCUCUCACUGUCUAGCAGCAAGGAGAGUCUCCAGCGCAGACUCCACCUCCCGUCGGUCUCCACCAGCUGCUGAUUCCACCAGCUGUGCCAGUGGUCGCAGUAAUCGCCCAUCAUCAUACCACUACGAUUCGCGGAGACCAGAGCUCAACAAGUUCUACAACAUCCACGACCCUCCCCCGCUGGAGAUAAUCUCGCAAUGCAUAUCAGGCUUCAUCCGUGGCACCAGCACGCUCAUUUAUAUUCUCGCCGAGUACGAGGUCUUUGAGCUCAUAAAUGCGACGUAUUAUCCCAUCAGCAGCCAAACAAAGAUUACGCCCUCCCAGUUCUGCGAGCUGCUCUCCAUCGCGGCGAUCGGGUCGCAGUAUGAGGAUAUCAGCCAGGAAGUGCAGCUGGCCCUGUUCAAGAGCGCGAAAUGGUGUCUUGAUAGCGGGGCGGGAAAGGAGUGGGACCCGUUGAGGAGGAUGAGGACCUCAAUGCUUGUGGGAUUGUUUUUUGUAUUUGAGAAGUCUUUCUGGGCUAGAGAUUAUUUGGACCAAGCGAUAGAGCUUGCGCGUGCGAGAGGUCUCAAUCUGAUACAGAGACACCCUGACUACAGCGAGCGAGAAUGGGCCUCGUGGAAAAGAGUGUGGGGAUCAUUGGUUUUUCUGGACGGCUGGCUCUCUGGAUCAUUGGGUAAUAUCCCGACGAUAUGUGAUGGGGAGGACCCGAUUUAUGGUGAGGGCUAUCGAACAUGCACGAACGAUUUGGACGCCUAUCUGCACGCUGAAGUCAUUAAGCUCUCAAUCCUCAUGGGCUCCAUCACGAAAGAUGUCUACACCCCUACAUUUAUCGAGUUCAACAAGGUGGCUGUUUAUUCUGCCCGGCUGAAGACAUGGCACUCAUCGCUGCCAGAGUCACUGCGACUACAUAGAGCAGUUUCCGGGAAUGACUCGAAACAGCGGUCCACGAUACUCUUGGCGCACAGCUCCUACCUCAGCUGCAUAAUACUACUGACACGGCGCAUCCUCCUGGAGAGGCUGGAAGGACGAUUUGAGGGCCUCGACGGCCUGGCCAGGAUGGCGGUAGCAGAUGAAUAUGCUCGAAUACAAGCUGCAUACACUGCCGGGCUCAUAGUCCUUCUCUGCCUCUCAUCUGGAGAGUCUGACGGCAGCUCCCACGCCGGGAAACAAACCGAAGUCCAAGACCAAGACCUCCUCAACAAGUGCAUCGGCGCCCUCGAGGUCUGCGCUGUCUAUGACCUCGUUGCUCAGCGUUUUCUCGACAUCCUCGUCGCGCUUCGGCGCCUCGUCGUCGUACCCGACGACACCGCUGGCAGCUCUCCCCAAUCAGCCGGCUCAAAGCGUCGCUUCGACCAGGAUAAUUCCACCUUCAGCGAGAGAUCCCACUUCCUUCCCAGCUUCUCACCGACUAACGAGCUGACGCGACACAUCCUUGACCGGUUUCGAGUGCCGUUCGGCGGGGAGUCGAAGGUCAUCGGGCGAGACGAGUACACGCUUUCAAAGUUCUUUCCACAGAAUUGGAGGUUCCUGGUUCCGGAGCCUCCCCCGAUGGGAACCUUUAAUCUAGAUGGCAGCACCUCUAGUUCACCGCCGGGAGAUGGGAGUGAUUCGAAUGAGAGGAGGGACUCGAAGAAGCCACGGGGACCUCCGCACUUCAAGACGAAGGAAGAGUACGAGGCAUUCUUCAGACGGAUCUCUUAG